AUGCUUGUGCUUAUACAAGUAAUCGCCAUCGUUCUAGCCUUCAUCUCUCAACAACAUGUAGCUUUAGCUUCCUUAGUUGUUCCGGUUACUAAACACACCGAUGCCACGGUUAACCCUCUCUACAGCGCUCACACCUAUUUGGACAAAGUUCAAUACCCUUCUCCUCUAAUAAGCACUCCGGCCUAUUGGAACCAGUGGCGAUAUGUGCAACAAAGCUUGCUUAUAGACCUAGACGCUCCAUUCUCAUGGCAUUACAGCUUUCCACGUCAAGAGGGUUGCCAGGAGUGCCGGCAAACGGUUACAUGCACAGAGUCUCCAUGCACUGAUUUGAGAACCACUUCCUCAUAUCAAAGCCCCUUAUGUCCUCCACCAACCAAUACUUCAAUGUAUGAUAUUUAUAUGGACUGUGAGACAUGCCCGGUUAACGUCAUCAGCCCGGUUACGGGAGAGUGUAGCCAAGUCAUACCAACCUAUGAACAAUUCAUGUUUACAAGAAGCAAUGGUGGAGCUGUCUACUCUUAUGAUCCACAUAUAACUUAUCCCAUUGCGGGAAGCACUCCUCCUUGGACAUUUGAUCCGUUCCCUUCAGAUGUCCUCGGUGUGAUGGCGCUUUCAUCCUCGCCAUACGCGUUACCAGCGUAUCUAGGCGAGGUUGACCGUGUAAUAGCUCUAUGUUUGCCUAGCAACGUAUCUGCUGGUCCCGGUGUUCUUUUAUUUGGAUAUGGUCCUUAUUAUCUUGGCCCUCAACGUGAUGUUGAUGUAAGAAGUUUACUUUCUUAUACCGCGUUGCUCAAGCAUCCAAACUCUUUUGGAUACUUCAUCGGUGUCAAUGCUAUUGUAAUUAAAAAACAGUCUAUCAUUGUUCCCAACAAUGCAACUACCAAGAUAAGUACACUUGAACCUUACACCAAGCUUCGGACCGACAUCUAUAGCGGUGUGGUUCGAAGGGUUUCAAAGGUAACGAAACGAAUCCCACCUGCCAAGUCGGUUGCACCGUUUGGUCUUUGUUUCAACACCACGGUUAAUGGUACUACAGUUGGUAUAAAAGUACCGGAUAUUGAUUUGGCUCUACAGGAUGGGAAGAAGUGGACUAUAUCAACCGCUAACUCCAUUAAGCAAGUGACGGAAGAUGUCGCCUGCCUAGCGGUUGUCGACAAUGGUCCGACAAGUGAACAUGCAAUCGUGAUUGGAACGCAUCAGUUUGAGGAUAACUUGCUGGUGUUUGAUUUGAUUACUUCAACUUUUGGGUUUAGUUCCUCGUUGCUACGUAAUCAUACCUCAUGUUCAAAUUUCGACUUUGCGGUCAGUCACUGAUAUUAGUUAAACCAUUUCGAAUAAUACAACCAGCGAUGAAUGGAACUAUCCAUCAAUGUACAUCAAUGGUUUGCUCUACGUGUAAUAAAACUCUUGUUCGUUGUUUUCUAUGUAGUCGAAAACCGCUUAAUCUUAUUUCGAUAUGUGAAUUCGGUACGUAAUUAAUGAUGAAAGACAUAACGGUUUAACUAUUGCU